UCCUAGCGUUGUGUGAAUGGAGGACUGGCAGCUGAAAAGCCGGACGUCUGGCCACCCUAUCUGUCAGUGAUUGUAUCUCUAGAUGAGCUAAACAACCUUGCCAGUCGUACAAACAGUUUAUGGAUUACAAAAACAACAAAUCAAAAGAAAGACAGUCCUUUAGCUGUGGGCCAAAGAGACGACUUAAACAUGAAAGACGACAAGUUCAGAUAAACAUAGGAUUGAUGGUGCCACAUGGGUGUGAUUUGAAACCUGCAAGAGGCAAAACACUUCCAUUAUUUACAGACCCAGAAAUAACAGCCCCUGAUUUACUGAAACUUGCUGUCCAUAAAAUGAGAGUCUUUAACAAGGACAUGGAUGAAGGACCAUACGUCCUUUUGUUUCCAGAUUGCUCUGAAGUGGUCCAUGUGCCUGGAACAGAAAGGCCAUUCAUGUUGGCUGACUAUAGAAAAGAAAUAGGAAAGACAUAUUGCAGAAUCAGUUUUUUCCUAUGCCAAGACAAACAUUUUAGAGGAGUGGAUGCUAGAUCAGAAUCAGACUCUGAUUCUGAAAUUGUCAUCACAACUAGGAGCAGAACUGAAUUCAAUCAGGCUGACACCGUGGUUUUUAAACCCCAGAACCAAAAUACUCCCAAAAACAAACCCGAAGAUGAAGUAGAUGCAAUGGGACAUUCUUCCUCUACAAUAUCUGCUGGACAGAUUCUAAUAUCAGAUUCUGAGGAUAAUCUGGAUCCACCUGGAUCCAAUCAGGCCAAGUCUCUUUGCUACAGUAAAUACACAGACCUUUAUGCACCAUGUGUUGAGGAUGAGGAGGAUGAAGAGCCUGUUCCUGUUAAUGUUCAGAAUAUACCAGACUUGACCAUUUUUUUAGAUUGAGAAUGCUGCUUCUGUGGAGGCUCUGCAAGACUGUACUCUGAGG